GUUACCCUUCUCACAAAGAAGACAUGUCGCAGAAGAUUUUGUAAUCCCAUGGCAUACAACUUCGAGGGACACUGUUACUUCCUUCAAAAACUUCAACAACAAGAUGCUGUUUGCUGGUGCUCUUGGACUCCAGCGAAAGGAGAACGUCGACAUUCAUUCAGCACGACACUUCACGAAACGAGCCACAUUGAGCGCGAAAGAUUUCUCGGGACUGGCGUUUCAAACAAAGGAUUGGGAAACCUCCAGGCAAAGCAAGGCGCGAGAGAACUUCGGUCCACACACUUGUCCUCCGGGAACACUUCCAGGGGUUCAGGAACGGACGAAUCUCGCAGUAAGCACUUCGGGACACGCGCAGGAGAGGCCGAAACCUCUCCUGCGAGCCGUAGAGAAGGCAAGGAAAUUUCUGGAGAACCUCGUACCGAUGUCGAAAGCAGCGAGGUAGAAAAUAACAGACGCACUGUCUCCGCCCAGAAUUCGGCUGCUGACAUAACUAGUGAAAAUCCACGCAGUGAAGAGAUGACAAGCCGUCGCUGGAAUUACUCAGUUACGACUAUGAAUGCCGAAACAGACGGCAACAGCACUUCUGCGUAUGAGCCCGGUGCGGGCAAUGUAUCGGCUGUGGCCGAUGAUGACGCUGCAAUUUCUCCGAACACGGACGAGACAACGUCUAUCGCCUCUGAGCCUGCUGGUUGUCCGGUCCCUUGCAAGGGUCAGGAUCAGUACGGAAACGGUUGGACGGGGUGUCCUGGAUCCUACGUGACUCGUCCUUGUCCUAAUAGGGCCUUAGGGGAAGCCAAGUGGUUCUGUGAUUCGUAUGGGAACAGUUUCGUUGGCAGUGUACCCGACUACGGCAACUGUACUCACAUGUGGAUUGAGGAGGCUGAGGAAGAGAUUUCAGAAGGCAGAGACGCGGUUCAGAUCGCCAGCUUCAUGCAGAAGUGGGCAAACCGCACGUCGUUCUUCGGCCACGAGCUCAGCGACGUGAUGAGGAUCCUCGGGUCGACGUUCAGGUUGCAUAUGCGGCAGGUGCUCUGGGAGUACCCGGCGAUCCGCCUCAAUAAGUCCGCCAUUUUCACAUCGUCGGCCACAGGAGUUAUGGGCAGACUUCUUGUGUCCAAGCUGGGUCUGGAGCAGCUGGUGGAGUCGCAAAGGGUGUCGCUGGGGUCGGUGUUGAACUCACUGGCAACCAGCGUCGGCUUUACACUCGCCUCCUUAGCUGCAGACCUCGGAGAAAACUUCAAAUACAACGCUACGUUCUUGCCAAGGUAAAGUUGAAAUGAACCCAAGUCCUUCCUCGUGCUUAAUUAGCUCUAAGUUUCAAGGACGUGUGACGAAGUGGAGGAAUAGCUUCGUGGAUUCUUCGACUCGGCACUAGAUUGACGUUAGUAUGCCCAGGCCGCGUCUCCACCGCCGAGAAUAUUACCCCGGUCUUCCAACCUCUUGGCCUAGUUGCUUUACUGACUGAGAUGUAAAAUCACAUUUUCCUACU